GUUCGAAGCCCUUCUUCCAUAUGCGCCUCAGCACGUGUACCACCGCGCCCCAUUAUACCGUCCUUUGAAGGGCAUCGCAGCUGGGUGUAGUCGCUCUGCUUUGCACCUUGUCCACCUGGGUCUUGUAGGAGGGCGAAACGCCUGGACAAAAUAUAGCGAUCCAUUUCUUGAGACGUCGCCAUGCCAUCAGAGCCCCCCUCUGGGAGUGCAAGGAGCCGAAUCGACAUCAGUGCGACACUGCGAGCGGAAGUACGCGAGCUGGAGAAACUGAUCGUCAGUUAUGAGGGUGCCUUGGAGAUCCUCUCAAUCGAGCAAACCGGUCGCAAGUUUCUGCUGAGGUCGGAGUUUCCGGCAUCGCGCAUGGGUUUCCCAGUCAUGUUCGGGACGCAGCUCCUGGAAGAUGCGCUAGACUUCGACACCGCGGUCCUUGAGGCUGCUCAAUACCCCGACCGGGGAGUGGCCAUCUGCAAUCUGGCCCGCGACGCGCGCCUGGUCUACAAUCAGAUCCGCAGCAUCCAUGAUUUGAACGAUGCGAUAGACCGGCACCGCGUAGCGUUGCAGGUCUGUCGUUCAGACAAAUGCGAUCGCAACGCCACCCGCGAAGGGCUCGUCGAUGCCCUGCACGAGCACUUUCAAAGAACGAACGACGUCGCGAGCUUGAUGGAGGAGAUUGAUCUGCGUCGCAAGGAUCUCACCCGUUUCCCCAAGAAGAGCCAAUCCCGCCUUCAAGCCCUCAACGAGCUGUCUUCAGCACUCUGGCAUCACUACAAUAUCCAACACGAUGCUACCUCCCUCACGGACUGCAUUGCAAUGCGUCGCGAGGUUCUUGCGAUGAUCUCGAAGGAUCACCCGUACUAUUCCUUGUCCUCGAAGAGACUCGCAGACACUAUCCGUGCUUAUUCCGCCCUCACCCGGGACAGAGUUGGAGCCGCGAAAGAAGCAAUAUCACUAUACCGGGUCGCCCUCGACACAUGUCCGAAAGGCCACCCAGACCGCUUUCAGAUUCUCACAUCCCUUGCCGAUGCCCUUGCGAUCUUCAGGACCGUGGACGCCAUGGACGAAUCGAUCCGGCUUCUCCGGGAAGCAAUCUCUUUGCCUGAAAGCGUGGACCCGUUACACGCCCCCUUGAACCUUGCCGGGGCGCUGCACGCACGUUGUCAGAUAUCUGGAGAUUUUGCUAAGAUCGAGGAACCCAUUUCGCUGUUCCGCCAAGCGCUGCUUCACGCACCAGAGGACGAACCCCGGAGACGACUGGCGUUACACAGCCUCGGGAUCCUCCUUCUCGCACGCUUCACGCAGACGAACGAGGAGGCGUUACUCUUCGAGGUUGUUCCGUACCUCCGCGAGGAAAUGUCGUAUUAUCCUGAGCGUGAUCUCAAUCGCGCUUUCUGCUUAAUCCGCCUUUCGCAAGCCUCGAACGGCCGGCACCAAUGCAGCGGCGAUCCGGCCUUCCUCGACGAAUCACUUGAGCUCUGUCGCCAAUCCGUGGACGCGCUCCCUGAUGAUCAUCCUGACCGUCCCCUGUUUCUCCAUAUUCUUGCCGACGCGUCCAACAGGAUUCGGGAGCGUAUCCAACCUGUCACCUCAGUCGGGCGGUCAAUCUCCUAAAGGAACCGAUAAUUGACUUGUAGUGAUCCGGG